CUUGGAGUGGGUGGGCAGAGGCAGCCGGAAGGUCCUGCGCAUCUGGUUCGGCAAGAUGUCGGCGAAGGAGGGUGCGCAGCGCAAGUGGGCGGCACUCAAAGAGAAGCUGGGGCCGCAGGACUCGGACCCCACGGAGGCCAACCUGGAGAGCGCGGACCCCGAGCUGUGCACCCGGCUGCUGCAGAUGCCGUCCGUGGUCAACUACUCGGGCCUGCGCAAGCGCCUGGAGGGCAGCGACGGCGGCUGGAUGGUGCAGUUCCUGGAGCAGAGCGGCCUGGACCUGCUGCUCGAGGCGCUGGCCCGCCUGUCGGGCCGCGGGGUGGCCCGCAUCUCCGACGCCCUGCUGCAGCUCACGUGCGUCAGCUGUGUGCGAGCCGUCAUGAACUCGCAGCAGGGCAUCGAGUAUAUCCUCAGCAACCAGGCCUACGUGCGCCAGCUGUCCCUGGCUCUGGACACAUCCAACGUGAUGGUCAAGAAGCAGGUAUUUGAGCUGCUGGCUGCCCUGUGCAUCUACUCUCCUGAGGGCCACGGGCUGACCCUGGACGCCCUGGACCACUACAAGACGGUGCGCAGCCAACAGUACCGCUUCAGCGUCAUCAUGAACGAGCUCUCCGACAGUGACAAUGUGCCCUACGUCGUCACCCUGCUCAGCGUGGUCAACGCCAUCAUCCUGGGCCCCGAGGACCUCCGCACCCGCACCCAGCUACGCGGGGAGUUCACGGGGUUGCAGCUGCUGGACAUUCUGACGCGGCUACGGGACCUGGAGGACGCCGACCUGCUGAUCCAGCUGGAGGCCUUCGAGGAGGCCAAGGCCGAGGAUGAGGAGGAGCUCCUGCGCAUCUGCGGGGGCGUCAACAUGACUAGCCAUCAGGAGGUCUUCGCGUCUCUCUUCCACAAGGUGAGCUGCUCCCCCGCAUCUGCCCGGCUGCUGUCCGUGCUGCAGGGUCUCCUGUACCUGGAGCCCACCCUGCCCUCCAGCCAACUGCUCUGGGAGGCCCUGGAGAACCUGGUGAACCGGGCCGUGCUCCUGGCCAGUGACGUCCAGGAGUGCACCCUGGAGGAGAUGGUAGAGCGGCUCCUGUCCGUCAAGGGGCGGCCACGCCCGAGUUCCCUGAACAAGGCCCACAAGAGUGUCCAGGCCGACCUAGACCAGAGCCGGAAGGACGGCGCGCCCCAAAACAGUGGCUCCGUCAAGGCGGGUGUGGAGGAGCAGCAGCCAGAGGCCGGGCUCAGCGGUCUGCACCUCACCGUGCAGAGGGCGAACGGCUCGGUGGCCCCACAGCUGCAGAAACCAGCCCCAGUCCCUCCCGCUCCGCCGCUCCCCGGCUCCUCCUCAGCAGGGCCCCCUCCCCCGCCCCCACCACCCCCACCGCUCCCACCGACCCCACUGCCAGUCCUGGGGACCCAGGUCUCUCCACCCCCUCCCCCACCCCCUCCCCCACCCCCGCUGCCUGUCUCUGGCGGGGUCCCUCCUCCCCCACCUCCCCCACCCCCAGUCCUGGGGUGCCCCCCCCCACCCCCACUACCUGGCCUGGACGGGGCCCUUCCUCCUCCCCCACCCCCGCCCGGUCCCUCCAGCUUCUCUCCGGUGGGUGGGGAGGAGAUCAUCGUGGCGCACACGAUCCCGGCCCAGGGCUCUGCCCCGGUCCCCAGCCACCGGCGAGUCCUCGCUCCCUCCCUGCGCAUGAAGAAGCUCAACUGGCAGAAGCUGCCAUCCAACGUGGCCCGAGAGCAGAGCUCCAUGUGGGCCUCACUGAGCAGCCUGGGCGCCGAGGUCGUGGAGCCUGACUUCUCCAGCAUUGAGCGGCUCUUCUGCUUCCCCGAGGCCAAGCCCAAGGAACGCAUGGCCGCCCCCGCCAGGAAGGAGCCCAAGGAGAUCACCUUUCUGGACUCCAAGAAGAGCCUGAACCUCAACAUCUUCCUGAAGCAGUUUAAAUGCUCCAAUGAGGACGUCACCGCCAUGAUCCGAGCUGGGGACACUACCAAAUUCGACGUGGAGGUUCUUAAGCAGUUCCUCAAGCUCCUUCCCGAAAAGCACGAGAUCGAAAACCUGCAGUCGUUCACGGAGGACCGCACCAAGCUGGCCAACGCCGACCAAUUCUACCUCCUCCUGCUGGGCAUUCCCUGCUAUCAGCUGCGGGUAGAGUGCAUGCUGCUGUGUGAGGGCGCGGCCGUCGCGUUGGACCUGGUGCAGCCCAAGGCCCAGCUGGUGCUCGCGGCCUGCUGCAGCCUGCUCACCAGCCACCGGCUGCCCGUCUUCUGCCAGCUGAUCCUGAAAAUUGGAAACUUCCUCAACUACGGCAGCCACACGGGGGACGCCGACGGCUUCAAGAUCAGCACGCUUCUGAAGCUCACGGAGACCAAGUCGCAGCAGAGCCGCGUGACCCUGCUGCACCAUGUGCUGGAGGAGGCAGAGAAGGGCCACCCAGACCUCCUGCAGCUGCCCCAGGACCUGGAGCAGCCCUCCCAAGCAGCGGGGAUCAACCUUGAGCUCAUCCGUUCGGAGUCCAGCACCAACCUGAAGAAGCUUCUGGAGAUGGAGCGGAAGGUGUCGUCCUCCAUCCCCGAGGUGCAGGAGCAGUAUGCCGGGCGUCUCCAGGCCAGCAUUGAGGCCUCCCGGGCGCUGGACGAGGUGUUCCAGGCCAUCGAGGAGAAGAAGCUAGAGCUGGCGCGGUACCUGUGCGAGGACGCACAGCGGCUGUCCCUGGAGGACACGUUCAGCACCAUGAAGACCUUCCGGGACCUCUUCGUGCGCGCCCUGAAGGACAACAAGGACUGGAAGGAGCAGGCAGCAAAGGCCGAGAGGAGAAAGCGGCAGCUGGCAGAGGAGGAGGCCCAGAGGCCAUGGGGCGAGGACGGGAAGCCAGUCAGGAGGGGAGUCGGGAAGCAGGAGGAAGUGUGUGUCAUCGACGCCCUGCUGGCGGACAUCAGGAAGGGCUUCCAGCUGCGGAAGACGGCCCGGGGCCGGGGGGACGCGGAGGGGGGCGGCAAGGCAGCUGCCAUGGACCCACCGAGGGACAAGGCGCCUGCGGCCACCAGAGUCCCCGCAGGAGGCACCGGCGGCCCAGCCUCCGAGCCCCAGGGCUGGGAUCUCUCCGACGCCACUGCCCCUGGCCCGCAGCCCAUUGCAGACCCGCCACAGGGGAACGGGCCUGGGUCCCUGGAGAGGCGUUCUUCCUGGUACACAGAUGCCAGCGACGUCCUGACCACCGAGGACCCCCAGAACCCCCAGCCUUGUCAGGGCGCCUGGCCGGUGGUGCUGGGCAGUGCACAGGCCCUGAAACCUCUCAGGCUGUCCGGUGACAAGCCCCCUGGGGCCACGGGGUCAGGCCAAGAUGCCGAAGACCCCACAGCCCCUCGAGGCGUCCGCCGGGCUGAGGCCGACAGCACCGUGGAGGGGACGCAGGAGGCUGACCUCCCUGCCACCGGCCCUGGCGUGGCUGGGGACGGGGAUGGGGACCAGGAGGACACAGCCCCAGAUUCUGCACUGGACACGUCCUUGGACAGGUCCUUCUCUGAGGACACAGUCACGGACUCUUCAGGGUCCGGCACUCUCCCCAGGACCCGGGGACAGGCCUCAAAGAGGAUGGGCAAGCGGAGGAAGAAGCGUCCCUCGAGGAACCAGGAAGAGGUUGUCCCUGACUCUGACGAUAAUAAAACAAAAAGACUCUGUGUGAUCCAGUAAGGCCUCAGCCUUAAGCCCAAAGCCAAGUGAGAGUGCUGCGGCCCCCACCGGGCGGGCCCCCCGGAGUACUGCUGAGCUGGGCCCUCCAGGGCCAGGCUGGAACCGGGCCCCUGGGAAACCAAAACUCUGUGCCUUACCCUCCGGGGAGGUGGGCCUCCCAGAGCUGCUCGGGGUGCUCUGGCCGAGACCCAGGAGGCCCCAGCGCCCGGCCUCCUGGCCCCCUCCUGGACAGCCUGCACGCCCCCAGCCCCCGUGUGGUCAGCUUUCUGAAUGCCGACGCCCACGCCCGCACCCGCAUGCCCCACGGCACGGCCCACAGGGGUGAGGAGCCUCGGCUGCGUCCCCAGGGCGCCUCUCAGCCGUGCCCUGCCCUCCAGCCCCGGGCGCUCAGAAGCUUCUGGAGACGGGCCCUCACAGACCUCUCCACAGAGCCACGGGAGCCGGACAGAGCUGGAGCCCCCACACCCCACCCACCGCCUCCUGCCCCAGCCCCUGCGCCCUGCUCCCAGUUCCGCCUCUCAGCCUGCUUACCUGGGCUGGGCCAGAGCGGUUUUUAACGGAGCUGGAUUGUUUCCGUAACUGCUCUUCUGCGGUAGCUGAGCUGGGCAUAGGUGGGUGGAGGACCCCCGGGCCUGCGGCAGGGCAGGCUGGCCGGCGUGGUCUCUGCCCAGCAAACAGGUGGGGGACCCUGCGGGGCCGGCCCCCCAUCCGCCCAGCCUUUGCUGCCACCGGGCCCGGCCACCGAGUCACCAGAACGGUCGUCACUGUGGCUAUGGCUGCGGCCGCCUCCAGAGGGACUGGGCUCCACCCCUGCUAGGCUAAGAGGAGGUGAGGACCCAGGCCUGGGGGCGGCCAGCCCCACCCCGCCCCACCCCUGCCCCAGGUCUAUGCUCCCGAGGCUGGCGUCCGGAGAGGCUCAGACCAAUAAAGAAGCAAGCCGGCC